AUGACGUCUUCCGACGGUUUUUCGUACCAAACGCCUUCCGCAGACGCUGCGCAAAAAUUGGAGCUGAAUCAGGAGCAGUUGCACGCGCUGCUCAACAAAUUAUCAAGCGACGAGCAAAAGGAGUUGACGGAAAUGAUGAGAACGUGCACGAGCGAGGUGAUUUAUUCGAGAUUUUUAACGUUUUUUAAUAUUAUUUAUUUUCAGGUGACGAUGACACGUGGAUUGCCGAUCACGGGCGCCGUCUUGGGCAGUCUGUACUUUGCCCGAACCCGAUUGCCGGCCCAAUACCAUUUCGGGCCCAAAGGAUGGCCUUUUUAUGCAAUUAUGGGCAUUGCGUACGUUUUUUUGUUGUUAGAAAUGCUUAAAACGUUAUCUCAAUUUUCAGCUCUCUGACCGCCUCGAAUCUUCUGUUCAUGGGCACUUGCCGUGAUCGAAUCAAGCCGAGAAUUGAUCAAUUGUGGAGAAAAGUUAGUUUUUCCCUUGCUCUUCAUCUAAAAAUCCAAUUUUCAGUACGAUCUGGCCAAAUCGACGACGAACUACGACGAAAUUCGUCGUCAGAAUCGUGGAGCCGCGCCAGGAGCCUUUCCGAGUGCAAUUUCGGCGGAAGCUGCAGAGCCUCGAGCUGAGGUAGUCGAAUUUUAAUGAAAAUUGCCUAAAAGUCGAUAAUUUCCAGACGCGCAACCCGUACGAUUAUACGUACUCGCUUCCGGAGGGUUCUUCCGCUUCCGGCGAAUCGUUCACCACGUACAAGCCGUUGAUCGGCGAGACUUCCGAGUUUUCGCAGGCUCCGGGCCGUCCACGCCGUCCGAUUCCGUCCGCGACGUCGCCGUUCGCCGCCGACGACACCUUCAUAUCCGGUACGCCUUCUGGACCGUCUUCUGGAAAAGGCACCAACGACGGAUACACUUUUUCGUGA